GGCGCGCGGGCGUUCUCUGCGUUCUGGGCGCUUCGGCAUCUUCUCCCGGAAGUUACUUCCCGUCGCGCCUGCUAGGUGGACCCGGGUCGGGGUCCGAGCAGGGGUCUGGGUCUGCGCUAUUGCGGGUACUCCCCUGGCAAGCUCGGGGCCGAACCAGUGAGAGGACCACCGCGGGCCCCGAGAUCGCGAAAGCCUGUGGCGGGGCGAGCGGAGUGUAUAUGUGUGAAAGACCCGCGACAGAGCGAGGGACUGACCACCGGCCGCGUGUGGACCGACUGACGGACUGUCCAUCUCCCAGCACCUUUUGUGGGCUGGAGUCUGGCAGGAGAACCGUGGAUCCAUCAGACUGGUUAUUUACUGCACCAGCCCCAUGCUGUAUGCCCGUCAUGGGUUAUCUCAGGUAACCUUGUGGCAACCCUCUGAGGAGAAAUAAAGGCUCACUGUGAAAAGUAGACAACAUGGAGAAAUUGAAACCAUCAUCCACUCCUGGUGGGAAUGUAAAUGGUGCAGACCCUGUGGAAAACAGUUUGGCAGUUUCUUAAAAAGUUAAACAGAAUUACCAUAUGAUCCAGCAAUUCUACUCCUAGGUAUAUACUCAAGAAAAAUUAAAACAUUUGUCCAUGAAAAAAAUGUGUACAUAAAUGUUCAUAGCAGCAUUAUUCAUAAUAGCACAAAAGUGGAAACAACCCAAAAUUCCAUCAGCUGAUGAAUGAAUAAACAAAAUUAAGUAGUGAUGCCUGCUACACCAUGGAUGAACCUUUAAAACAUUAUGCAAAGUGGAAGAAACCAGUCACAAAAGGCCACAGACUAUAUGAUUCCAUUUAUGUGAAACUCUAAGUACAGCUUUUACCUUCUUGCAGACCCAGUCCUGAGGUUCCAGCCAUCCUGCAUUCCACAGGAGUGCUGCUGCCAAUGGCUGUCCUCAGGAGUCCCCCGAGCCUGACACCCUGGGAACGGGAAAGCUUCCUGCAAGUGAAGGUGGAAGAUGAUGAGGCAGGCUUCUCCCAGGGCCAGGAAUCUAGCCUUGGUGGUCACACCGCUCACCCCGAUGCUGCACGCCUACGCUUUAGGCAGUUCCGUUACCAGGAGGCAGCAGGCCCCCACCAGGCCCUGGCCCGGCUGCAUGAGUUGUGCCACCAGUGGCUGCGGCCCGAGGCACGAUCCAAGGAAGAGAUGCUGGAGCUGCUGGUGCUGGAGCAGUUCCUGGGUGUAUUGCCCCCUGAGAUUCAGGCCUGGGUAGGGGCCCAGUGCCCUGAAAGCGGUGAAGAGGCUGCCAGACUGGUGGAAGAUCUGACCCAGGUGCUUGACAAGAGAGUGCUACUCACCAAGGACUCUAAUCUUCCCCUGGAUGGGAACUUCAGCAACAGGUCGGCAGGCACGGAGCCCCUGACGGCCAAAUACCAGGUGAGGGGACAUCCUCCCAGCCUGGAACAAGCUAGGACGGGCCUUGAGGAGGCAGCCUCACCAAAGCCAGGCCAGGAGCAGAGGCACAACCUGAACCCUGGACAUGGAGCCACAGACCUCAGUGGGGAGCUGGACAGCAGCAGGGCACCCCAGUUCCUAGGAUGGGAGCCAGGACCCGAGCCCACAGAGGCAAGCUGCAAUCAGAGCACUUCGGAAGAAUCACAGUCAUCAGACAUGGUCACUGAGACCCUUGUGGGAGAUGUAUCUCUGGGACCCACCUUUGGUGAUGCCUGCAAACAUGAGGACAGUUCAGAGAGGCGGGCAGGACUCUCAGGAGAGACCUGGACAAAGUCUGUUGCCCAACAGAUGGAUUUCAGGAAAAUUUCAGGGCCUCACAAGGAUACCUCCACAGACCAAGCCAGCUGUGACUAUGGUGCCUUGAGGAACAGCCCCAAUGAGUGGCCAUACUUUGCAUCAGGAGAAAAGGCUCCUUCAGAAGAGAAAUUUGAUUCAUUAGAUGGUUACGGGACUGAGCCUCCACACACAUACUCAGGGCUCAAGUGUGACAUCUGUGGGAAAACGUUCAGGAGUCCCUUAGCUCUUGAGGCACACCAGAAGAGCCAUUCUCGGAAGACACCCUACACCUGCAGCGAGUGUGGGAAAGCCUUCAGCCGGAGCACUCACCUGGCCCAGCAUCAAGUUGUCCACACGGGGGCAAAGCCCCAUGAGUGUAAAGAAUGUGGGAAAGCCUUCAGCCGAAUCACCCACCUGACUCAGCACCAGAGGAUCCAUACUGGAGAGAAACCCUACAAAUGUGGGGAAUGCGGCAAAACCUUUAGCCGCAGCACGCACCUCACCCAGCACCAGCGGGUACACACGGGAGAGCGGCCUUAUGAGUGUGAGAAGUGCAGGAAGGCAUUCAGUCAGAGUACCCACCUGACUCAGCACCAACGGAUCCACACUGGAGAGAAACCCUACAAGUGCAAUGUGUGUGGGAGAGCCUUCAGCGACUACUCAGCUCUGAUCCGACACCUGAGGAUCCAUUCUGGAGAAAAGCCGUAUCAAUGUAAGGUUUGUCCAAAGGCGUUCGCCCAGAGCUCCUCUCUCAUCGAGCACCAGAGGACCCACACAGGAGAGAAGCCCUACAAGUGCAGUGACUGUGGGAAAGCCUUCAGCCGUAGCUCAGCCCUCAUGGUUCACCUAAGGCUCCACAUCACAGUGCUACAGUGACCAGAAAAUGACCUCAGGGUACAGCACAGCCUCCCCUUGGAGGCUCAACAUCUUAGAGAAACCUUGAGUUCCAGAAGAACCAAAAAGAAUGGGGUAAGUGAUGAGUCCCUCAAAAUGACAAGGUGCUGAGGGUAGACUCUGGGACUAUCCAGAAACUAUUCUGCAUUUGGAAACCCAGGUGGGACUCUUGGUGAACACACAAUGAUUCAAGGUAGCUGGAGAAGCUUCCAGAAGGAUCCUGCUGCUCUCCAUAUCCACUUAGGGUUGUCACAGAGAGAGGACAGCUAAGCCGAGGCUUUGGAUUGGUCCUUGAGCCAAAGGAGCAAUUGGGGUGAAGUGUCUGUCGGGACUCUAGCCUCAAGAUGCUCGGCUAGGGAUCUUCUCAUUUCCAGAUGGCUACUCUUCUCAUGUGUUCCUUUCCUGUGUAGCUCAGGAGGGAUCCCUGACCACAUCCACCUCUGUGCCUUUGAGCCAACUGUUUCCACCCUACCCUAAUUCAUGUGGAACUCCAUAGCCGACUUGUGAGGCUGCAUCUUCCAUGAAGCCUUCCCCACUCAGUCUCCUUCCCGUCCCCCCAUCUUAAUCAAUGGCACUGUUGACACUUGUCUGUUGUCACUUUCUCCCUCCCCCUCUCCCAUAUCCCAUGGCCCCAAGCCCUGUAGGCCUUACUCAUCUGUAAUUCAUCUUCUCCUCCACCACUGACACCUUUUCUGAGUCCUUAUAACCUUUUAUCUGGAUUAUAGCAGGGGUCUCCUUCUUGACCCCUUCCUGCUGUCAUUCUCUCCCGCUCUGAUCCACUCUCCACGCUGGCCUCCAGGAGGCUCUUUCUACAACACAAAUCUGACUGUGUCGCUCCAUGGCAGAAAGUUCUGCUCUGUGCUACCUGCUACAACAAAACUUCCUGAAUGGCUUACAUAUACAUCAAGAGGUAGGUCACCUAGGGCCUUGAGAAACCUUUCUGGUUACCCUCAUGUCUGCUGUACAAAUGCCAUUUUUCUGAGUGUACAGUGAUGUGAAAAGGGUUUUAAAGUGCUGCCCUACAGGAUAAACUUCAGACUUUCACCUGGCAUUCAAGAUCAGUCCAGCCUCGUAUCAGCCUCGUCUCCUCCCAUGGCACCACCAUCCAUACAACAACCCUGUGGAACCACUUGCAGGUCCUGAAAAAGCCAUAUUUUUUCCAGCCUACGUGCCUCUGUAUCUGUGCCUGGAAACCCCCUUCUCUCCUCAUGACUAUCUGGCAAUGAUUCUUAUCCUCCAAGAUGUUUCAAAUGUCCUUGCCAGUGAAAUGUUGCCUGAAUCCUCAAGCAGAGUUAGCCUCACCCUGUCUGCUUCCAGGGCACCCUGUACAUACCUCUCUUACAACUCCUACCAUGUUGAAUGUACUUAUUUACUCCUGUGAAGCUCAGCAUCUGUGUUUCCCAAGGAGACUGUGAACUCCUGAGAGCCAGGGCCGUGUCUUACCCUCGGUAUCCACAGCACACAAGCUGUAAUAGACCCUGACCCAUGUUUGUGGAAGGAAUGUACAGUGCCUGGUGCCUUUCCUGAGGCAGUCACUACCCUCCGACCUGCGUCAUUCUUACAUACGUUUACGUGGCUGUCUCCCCACCAGGCUGUGGCCCUACAGGGCAAGAACAAUCUGAUUUUCCCAGGUCCCCAGCGCCCAGACAAGCCUGGCAUGUAGUGGCCUCAAUAAAAUGUUACUGUAUUGAGUCGCCCUCUCUAGGGCUCCAGAGCCCCUGGCACCAUAAGCUUGCUUGUUUCCAACCUUCUAUCUUUGUGCUCUCUGGCCGCCUCUCACAAUUUGGCAUCCCUGUCCCUCUCUGGAUUUUUCAGCCUAUUUCUUUCUGUCAGGAGGUCAGUAUUCAUGCCUGUUUCUCUAAUGAUCCCAUUACGUGUGAACCAUUUGACCUGCCAUAUUGUUAUGUCCUGGCCACCACCACCAUCUCUCCCAGUGUUUCUCCCUGUGUCUUGAACUCAUUCCCUCUGUGUCAUGAGUAAACAAAAAGAGAUAGACUGAGGAGAGAGGGAGAUGGAGAUGAGGGAGGUGAGACCCAGGGACACAGACACCUUGGGUUGGUGUAUCUGAGAGUGCCGUCAGUCAAGAUGAAAAAUGGGCUUGUAGAGGGUGUAGCUUUCGGUAGUUAAUUGACAUUACCCAGUGGUGAGAUCACAGCUUUUAUUUUCUUACACAGCACUUAGGAUGCAGAUGAAUGGGGUAAGGUUCAUCUUUAGGGUGGUCUUCCUCAGACCCCCAUCCAGGGUGAGUUGACACAGGAAAUCUCUUCUGCACACAUAAGGCUCCAUCGCAGGCAAAAGACCACAAGGCAAACGGGUCUAGGGGUUUUAUACCUCAGAGUGCAUGGGAACAGGGAAAGGGCUAAGAGGAAGGGACCUUUGUUUGGCUGCACUUGGCCUGACCAUCCUGUUGCCAAACUGUUCACAUUCACACAGCCUGGCAGUCCUGUGACUAUGAGUGCAUGGCCAGAAAGAACAUUCCUUCCCCCACUAGCUACAAGAUUAAAAAAUUAGUACAAUUAAGUAGCCAUAGGUAGUCAUAGAGACAGUGAAUGUUACUGUGGGUUCAGAACAGGGAAGAUGCUUUCUCUGACAAACAGAGGGGGCUGGGAGAGAGGAAGCGAGAGACCUGAUUCCCAGCAUCCCUAUCAGAGAAUGCUCUGAGCCUAAGGCCUCAGCUUAGGUAGCCUGGAUGGAAAUCAUAAAAACAGACAACGCUCCCAGCAGAAAGAGUCCUAGAAAUGCCCAGAAGCAGGCAGAGACUGCCACACGUAGCACAGCAGAGGCUGAGAGACUGAGGGGAAAACUCAGAGAUGAGAGAUGUAGGCUCCAGUGAAAUGAUCAUACCGGCCUCCGCAGGCUACAAGGGAUGGAAAGGCACGGGCCUAAAGUGAGCUUGUAGAGGCCACCCCUCUCCUUGGCUGCCCUGGGGACCUCAGAUAAGUGACUCCCAGAGCUUUGGUGACCUCCUUAUCUGUAAGAAAAGAAUAGUGAGACCCAUCUUCUGCAGCACCUGGCCCCAGCCACUGGCUCUGACUCGCGGUGUCCAUCUCCAUGACUUUUUGUCCCCCACUCACUCAGUCUCUGUCACUGAGGAGCUGCAUCACCAUCUCUGUGAUGCUCUGAACACCUCCACCACUCAGAUAUGUGUCUGCCCAUGUCAAUCUAAAGGGGAAGGAAUUUAGGGGAAAGAAGGACCUACAGGUACUGGUCAGUCAGCUAAAUAACUAGGUACAUUGUGUCAUUUAAUCCUCACACAACACUCUGAGGGUUGGACAGUCAUCCCCAUUUUAUGCAGGAGAUGAAAGGUUGGAGAAUGUAAAUGACUGGCCAAGGUCAUACAGCCAGGAACAGGAAGCACUGGGAUUUGAAAGCAUAUCCGAAUAUACCAGCAAUUUCAAUAAACAUAACUAUAUUCAACAAACCAAGUAAAAGACAAAUGCUAACAGGCUGGAUUUCUUUUAAAUCCAGCCAUAUGUUCUUUAGAAGAGACACACCAAACAUAAAGGUAUUAGGGAAGUUGAGGGUAAAAGGGUGGGAAAAACACACAAGGCAGGAAUGAAUCUGAAGAAAGGUGAUGGAGCUGUAUUAAUUUCAGACAAAAUAGACUUUAAGCCCAAAACGCAUUAUGAGGGAUACAUAACCAGUUGCCAUUGAGUCAGUUGCAACUCAUGGCAACCCCAUGUGUUUCAGAGUAGAACUGCGGCCCAGGGUUUUCAGUGACUAUGAUUUUUUGCAAGAUCACAAGCCUUUUUCUGAGGUGUCUCUGGGUGGAUUCGAACCACCAACCUUUCAGUCAGUAGCUAGUGCUUAACUGUUUGCACCACCGUUGUAUUUUUAUGAAAGGAACAAUGUAUCAGGAAGGUAUAACAGUUCAAAACUGGACACUUCAAAACAUAGCCUUAUUAUGGAACAGAAUCACUAAGAGAAACUGGUGAAAUCCUGAAUGUAGUUAGAAAUGCUAACUCUUUUAUGAUGACAUAUAAAAAGAUGAAACACCAGAAAGGCUACUGAAGAUUUUUUUAACACAAAUUCAUAAGCUUAGCUCAUAGAGAUACACAGAGCCCCAUACACAGCAACUACAGAACUCGGUCUUUUUUGGAGACAAAACAACUCUCAAUUUAUAUUAAAGAAUCAGUGUUACACAAAUGACAUUCUGACCCAAGGCAAUAAGUUAAAAAUGAACCACAAAAAGAUAACUACAAAAAACACGGAAACUUUAAUGGGUCAAAUGUAAAAUCAUAAUUUUUGCAUGAUUUUAUGUGGAUCUUGGAAAAUAUUUAGAACCAAGUGAUAAUUAAAAUGUUUCAUAACAAAUUUGGGGGAUGCUGCCAGAGGAGAGUUUAGAGGGAAUUUUAGUCUUAAAUGCAGUAUUGGAAAUAAGGAAAUUAUAAAAAUUAAUUAGCUAAACCUCUAACUUCAGUGAAGCCCUGGUGGUGCAGUAGUUAAGAGCUCAGCUGCUAACCAAAAGGUUGGCAGUUCCAGUCCACCGGCUGCUCCUUGGAAACCCCAUGGGGCAGUUCUACUCUGUCCUGUAGGGUCACUAUGAGUCAAAACCGACUCGAUGGCAAUUUUUUUUUUUUUGUAACUUCCAUAAUUAAAACAAAAUCCCAAGCAAAUAGAAAGAAGAACAUAGUAAAGAUAGCAGGAAUCAACAGAAAACAAAAAUAGAGUAAAACCAAAGUUUUCAUGUUUCAUCAAAAAAAAGCUAAAAGACGCAAAUACCAGGAAUGAAAAAGGUAUAUGACUACAGAUACAGAGGAUAAUUAGAAAAUUAAAAAAGAAUGUGGGCAACUUUAUGCCAAUCACUUUGAAAUUUUAGACAAAAUGGAUACUUUUCUAGAAAAAUAUGACUUAAAACACUCAAGAAGAGCUAAGAAGCAUAACUACUAAACAGAAUCAAUAUUUUUUAAAUGGACCCACCAAAUUUAGAAAUAAUAGAAACAGUGAUGCAGGAGAGGGGUACAUGGGAACUACCUGUACUUCCUGCACAAUUUUUCUAUAAACUCAAACCUGCUUUAAAAAACAAAGUCUUUUAAAAAAAAAUAAAAAGUGGAAUACUAAAAAAUAUUUAAAUAAUCCAAAAGAAGGCACUGCCGUGAGCCAGAGCCCAGGGAGAGGCAGGAGGCAGGAGUCAGGCAGAGAAGGGUGAAGAGAAGUCUAGCCUUUCGGCCUUGGGCUUGGAAUGUGGUCUGUGUAGCUGCUUGAGCAGCGCUGACAGGACCACAAAACGCAGGUGGCCUUUGAAUUGCCUCCUGCUCUCCCAGUGGCAGAAACCCUGGUGGCAUAGUGCUUAAGUGCUAAGGCUGCUAACCAAAAGGUCGGCAGUUCAAAUCUGCCAGGCGCUCCUUGGAAACUCUAUGGGGCAGUUCUACUCUGUCCUAUAGCGUUGCUAUGAGUCGGAAUCGACUCCACGGCACUGGGUUUGGUUUUUUGGUUGGUCCCAAUGGGAACAGAUGCAGCUGAGGUAGACAGGGGGGCAUGUCUGGAGGCUGGAGCUACCCCAGCUCUAGUGAAGGCCUGACCAGGAGAGUCAUGGCCAGCUUGAUGGAAAAGGGCAGAGGACCUAUGAAGGCCCAGGAUCCAGCCUCCAGCCCUCCUCCACUCAGGACCCAGAAUCUAGCCCCAGGACCUAUCUGCCCACUUUGAGAACCCAGGAUCCCAGCCCAAGUUUCAGGCCCCAGCCCACUUCCCCUCAGCCCCGGAAGUCCGUCCCCGGGGCUGUUCUGGACUCAUUGACCAAAGACAUGUUUUAAACAAAGUCUCUCCACAUUU